AUGCUUGUGAGCACCGUCGAGGGCCAUGUCAAUGGUCGCUUCCUCGGUAACUCGGGGCGGCUGAGCGAGCACAAUCUCGACAACGAGGAUGAUGGCGAAGCGAGCGGCGGCGGGAGCGGCGGAUGGCGGAGCGAUUCGCCGCUGGCACAGCUUGCAGUCAACGUCAUUAUUCUGGCGACAGUACCGGGCGCGUGGGCGUGCGGGCAGCUGCCGGGGCACAUCCGUGGGCCGCUGAUGCCGUUUCUCGCGGUCGGCUUUGUGAUGGCGCUCUCGCUCCGAGUGCCACGGGCGUAUUUGUUGACGUACAAGUGCGUGACGGGAGCGGGCGGGCUUGUGGUGACUGGGCUUGCUGGCUCGCCGCCACUUCUUGCGGCCGCGGCGCUUGUUGCGUCUGGACUGUUGCACGCGGCGGCAGUGCCGACGUUCCCACUCCAUCCCGUGACGCCGGCGACGACUGCCGCGCUGAUGAUGCUUCUGGGUGUGUUUUUGGGCGCGACAGCGGCGCUGGGACAGAUCGGCAUGGCGAUUGGAGUGUUGGCCGGAGCCGGAGCCGGGCUUGCCACGUUUAUCUACCUGGUGCAGCUCUCGUGGUACAUGCAGGCGGUGCGGAAGUUGAGGAGUCUCGUCCUGCGUGUGCCGCGACUGCCUGCCGCACAUCCCGAGCUGAAUGCCGUUUUCAGUGGGCUGGACAACGCGUACCAGGCGCUGUGCGUGGCGGCUGUGGCGGUGGACGAUAGUUUGCCACGGACUGCGGCGCUAUCGAUCGCACGGGCGCCGCUGGCGGUCUGGCCAGACGAUGUGGCGCUUCAGAUACUCGCGUUGGGUAUCGAGUGCUCGCGCUCGCCACCGCCACUGACGCAGGCGACUAAGAGCGCACUGGGGCGACUGCGGUCUGCAGCAGCCUUAUCGUCUGACGCGCAGCUGGCCAUGCUGGCAGAAAAGGUGCUACCGACGUUCAAGGCGGACCACUUGCUGCGUAUGGCGACCCGAGCGGUGAUGUCUGAGCCCGAAGAUGUGCUCGCGGCGGCUGAGUCGACGUUUUGGCUGGCGAUUUUUGACGAGCGGCCAGCAACCGAGGUAGUCUCGGCGGCGCUUGAGUUUGCGGCGGCGCGUGAACUGAGCCAUGUUGCGCGGCCGCGGACGGACCUUGUGCGGCACACGUCACCGCGGCCAAAAUCGUCUCCUUCGCUGCUCUCGCCGCAGCAGCAGCCGUCGGUGAUGUCCCUGGAGACCACGUCUGCACACAUGGUAAGUGGACAGACACCGGCAGAGCGGCCACGGGCGGCGCUAACAGUUGCUUUGGCGUGGUGGGCGCUGGCGGUGUUUGGCCUUGUUCUGGCGACGGCAUUGGUGUUUGGCCACGGCCUGUUUGCGCGGUCUGCGCGGGUGGCGGUCGAGGUGAGCGACGCGACGCACAUGCACGAGUGGGCAGCGCUCCACACGACGUUGCACGCACUAAGCCAUGCUAAAAGGCCUGCAUGGUUGAGCGAAGACGGACAAGAGCUUGUGGCGAGCAUCGCAGAUCAAGUCCGUGCAGUCGCAGCGGCGCUCGACCGCAAGCACGAUGCCGAGUGGGAGGCCUUGCGGAUGACGGAGCACAUUUCGUUGGGGCGGUUGGCGGCUGCGGUGGGCAAGGCAAGCAGCGGGAAUGUAAGCGUGAUGGCGGACGCGCUCCGUGUGUCAGGCGUGGGUGAUCUGCUGGCGUCGAUUCAGGAUGCACGUGUUCUCGAGGCCGACGAGCCGGAACUCGGACCUGUGGUUGGUGUCGGCUCUGUGGUUGCACUGAGCGCGGUGCUCUCGCUGCUGGCGCUUGUCAUUUCGACGGUGCCUGACGUGAUUGUGGUGCCUGCGUUGAGCCAAGGCGCGGCGCUGAUGCGCAAGUACAUGACGCAGCUGCGGGAGCUGGCACCGAGCGAAGUUGCGCGGCGGAUCAGACGGAGCCGGGCCAAGUGCUCGGCCUCGCAUGCGUGGGAUGUGCCGGGCAAGCUGCCGAUGGCGCUAGACGCUGCUGCACUGGAUGAUGACGAAGCGGCGCUGCGGACCAAGGCGCUCGGGGUUGUGGUCAUGCUCUGCUGCUCGGCGGCAGUGUUUGGCAUGCUCAUGGUGUGGACGUGGUCGGUGCAUGGCAUGGCUGCGCGUCGGUGCGAGGCAUACGCAUCGACACUGCACACGGUGUCGUCGACGUACGCGAUGGCGUUGACGGCAGGGGCAACGAGCAGAGUGCGGCGCGGGGUGUACAAGGCGUAUGAGCUUGCGCUGGAGCCUGCAACGGCAAACCUGUCGUCACGGUGGGAGAUGCUCGCGGCGGUGCCUUACGGGAUCAUAGCACAGCACGAGCAGGUGACGGUGCUGGAGACGCUGCGGCCUGUGGCGGUGUAUGUGGCGGCACUCGAGGCGCUAGGGCGCGCGUCUUCUGUGGCACCGGACGAGGGGACGCUGUCGAGUCUGGCGGAUGCGGCGCGCACAGCGGUGCUCGAAGGACUGAAGGCGGAGCUGGCGAUAGAGGCUCGUGUGCGGUGGGGAGCGCUCACGCUGCCGGCGAUAGCGCUUGUUCUGACAGGCGUCGCGGUGUGGCUCCAGCCGCUGCUUGCAGCGCACUACUGGUGGCUGAGGCGCCUGGAGGAGUGCAACAAAGCGCUGCAGGCGCUGGUGCCGAGCUCGAGCGGUGGUGCCAAGCGCAGCAGCGACAUAAGCGCCGAGCUGGCGCUGAAUGCUUUCGGUGAUGCAGCGCUGGUGUGCGAGUACUCGAGCGCGGUGGUGAUGGCCAACGCAGAGGCCGGGCGACUGUUUGGGGCAAGCAGUCCGGAGGAGCUACAUGGUUUGCUCCUCUCCGAGCUGGUGUCUGACCCGAGUACGCCGCUGGAUCUAGUGUCCAGCUCGUCGUCGCUGGCGUGUCGCGCACGGCGGCUGGACGGCACAACGUUUGACUGCCAGCUCUCGUGUGAGACGGGCGGCGCGGCUGGGUCGCAGCGUGAGUCGAACGGGUUCCUCUUUGUGACUGCGCGGGAUGUGAGCUCGCAACGGGCGGCGUCUGUGCGCGCGUGCGAGUUUCUGCUUCGGUCGACGCCGUACGGGCUGUUUAUGUGGGAUCCGAUGGAGGAGGAGGGCUGGUACUCGGAGGCUGUGUCUGACAUCUUGGGCGUGCCAACAUCGACGGAUGCCUCGCCCGAGGCGCUGCUACAGCGGGCGCUGAUGCCUGCGGACUGGAUUGUGAUCCAAGGCGCGCUGGAGGAUCUCGCACGGCGGAUGCAGGGCCGCGGGCGGCGGCGGCGGUCAACCAAGGGCGAAUCGUGGCCGGUGUAUGUGCACCCAAACUUGUCGGCGCGGUUUGGCAACAAGCUCACUAUGGACAGUGUGCUUUCUGCGCAUCCUGAGCUCCGCGAGCGGUCUAUGGCACAGUCGCCGUGCUUUUCUGCGCUUGUGCGGAUUAGCGCUGGGCGUGCUGUGCGGUACGUUGAGCUGUGCGUGACGUACCGGAACGUGGUGCUUGCAGGCUCGCUCCACGACGUGACGGCGAGUGUGACACGGGCGCUGUCGAUGGGCAGCGGCGAGGCUGAGCCGUCGUCGGGCGUUGUGCUCUCGCACCACUUUCUGGCCGAGGCCUCGCACGAGAUUGUGAUGCCGCUGCACGCGAUCAUCUCAGCGUCGACAGCACUUGCGGCUGCGGAUGACGGCAACGAGCAGCAGAUGCGAUUUGCACAGUCUGUGGCGUCAUGCGCGCGGCAGCUGCAGAGUCUGCUGUGGGACGUGACGGUGUACUCGCGAAUGGGCGAGGGCAAGCUUGUGUUCCAGUCGCAUGCAUUCGAGGUGCGGCCGCGGCUGGCGCACACUCUCGCGUUUGCGGUGGAGGCGUGCGCGGAGAAGGACGUGGAGCUUGCGGUUGUGGUCGACCCGCGGCUGCCGCAGACGCUCAAGGGCGACGGGUCGGCUCUGGCCAAGGUUGUGGAGAACGUGGUGCGGGCAGCGGUGCGGCGGACGAGUCAAGGUGUGGUUGUGGUGGAGGCGAUGGCACAGGACCAGCUCGAGGCCGGGUCCGAGCUUGCCGCGUCGCUCCCUGCCACCGCGCAGGAGACAGACAGUGACGAGAUCAUGCUUGUGGUGCGCGUGGCCGAGACGUCGCCGGGCCUGUCCACGGCCGAGUCACAGGCGCUGCUGGGCCACAUGCAGUCUGUGGGCGGCGGCGACACGCUUGCGCUCACCAUCUGCCACCAGGUGGUGACGAUGAUGGGCGGGAAGCUUGGGGUGGCGAAGGAGGCCGAGACAAGCUCUGUGUGGUUCACGCUUCCGAUGGAGGUUGUGGAGUCGUCGCUGACGUCGUCGGAUUUGAUGACAGUCUCGAUGUCGCGGCAGGCCGAGCUCGAUGGCGAGGGCGAGCGAAAGGGGCAGCGGGGCGGCGCAGCACUGGAGCUCGAGCCGUCGCUGGAGCGGGUGCUCCUCUUCCACCCUAUCCCGGCGAUGGUUUCUGCCCUCACGACGGUCUUCCGGGCACUUUCACUCGACUCGGUGGUGGCAACGUCGCGGGUGGAGUUUCUCUUCAAAGCGUCGACGGUGGGACGGCGAGGAACGGUAUUUGUCAUCGACGAAGGCUCGACGUCGCUCAACAUGGCAUGGGCGCUGUCCAAAGUGGCGGCAACGUACCCGGACGUGCCGAUGGUGCUGAUGUGCUCGGAGAGCUCUGUGUACCGGUUCGAGGCGAUGCUUGGACCGCUGGCGGCGACGGUGACCAAGCCGCUUACCUCGUUUGCGCUGCUUGAGGCGCUCCACGCAGUGAGUCGUGCGGUGGGCAAGGGCGGGGCGACGUCGCUGGCGGAAACACCAGGGACAAACGCCGUCUCUGAGUCGGACUUGAUGAACAUGCUGCAGGCGGCGACGACCGAGUCGCUGUCGAAUGACGGGUCGGACGUUCCAAACGGGUCACGGAAGCAGUCCAGAGGCUCCAAUCGGCGGAAGAAGAAGCGGCGGCGGCGGCGGCGGACGUCCAAGGGUCUCGACGCCAUGUCUGGCAAGAGCACGACCGAGGCUGCGGCAGGCGACUCGUCGCUCGCGCGCGACAUGGUGGAGAACGGCAACCGCAGCGCGGGUGGAGCGAGCAAGGGCCACGUUCUGCUUGUGGAGGACGACACGGUGAACCAGAUCAUGGCGACGGUAAUGAUUCAGGAAGUUGGGUUUACGGUCGACACUGCCGAGAACGGGCUGCAGUGCGUGGACAAGGUCCGGGCAGACAGCGAGGGCAAGAUCGACAUCAUUCUUAUGGACUGCGUCAUGCCCGAGAUGGACGGGUACGAGGCGACCGAACUCAUCCGCAAGAUCGAGUCCGAAUCGCAUCCGCGGCGAGUCCCAGUCACCAUCAUUGCCUGCACCGCCCUCUCGCCGUCCGAGGUGCGAUCGCGGUGCUUCCUCGCCGGAAUGGAUGACUUUGUGAGCAAGCCGAUCCAGCACACGGCACUUGCAGACAAACUCCACCUCCACAUGCAGAAGCGGAAGAAUCGCCUUCAGCCUGCUGUCAUCAACGAUGCGUCGUCGUCAUCGACAUCGGCCGUCGUGUCGUAAACGAAUCCACCGACGCUUAUGCGCACUUGCUGCGUGUUUUUAGCCAGCGCUAGAUGUGGUCAUCAUCAACAACCAGUCGUG